AUGACCCGACCGCGACCGCUGCCACCGUCGACGCCAAAGGUUACUCGAGCGCCGCCAACGCCGCGACCCACCCCGCCAAAGGCCACUCAAGCACCCGCAACGCCUCGACAUAUCCCGCCAAAGAUUACCCGACCCCCACCGCUGCAACCGUCGACGCCAAAGGCCACUCAAGCACCGUCAACGCCGCGACCUACCCCGCCAAAGAUUACCCGACCACCACCGCUGCCACCGUCGACGCCAAAGGUUACUCGAGCGCCGCCAACGCCGCGACCCACCCCGCCAAAAAUUACCCAACCGCCACCGCCGCCACCAUCGACGACAAAGGCCACUAAAGCACCGGCAACGCCGCGACCUACCCAGUCAAAGGUUACCCGACCACCCAUGCUGCCACCGUCGACGCCAAAGGUUACUCGAGCGCCGCCAACGCCGCGACUCACAUCGCCGAAGAUUACCCAACCACCACCAUUGCCACCGUCGACACCAACCACGCCAAAGCCUACCACACACAAACCAUCUCCUACCACGCCAACCACUACUAAAAUACCAAAGCCGACGACACCGCCUGCACGUUUACCACAAAAGGCACCGGAACCUGACAACAUCAUCUGCACCGUGGCCAGCGAUGGCCCGAUGGAGAUGCCAGAAGACGGGCUCUGCGACUUCAUGUUCUACGAAUCGCUGGAGAAGCCCUUCGACAAACCGGGCGAGUCGUCCAUGGGAAAGUUCGCGACCUUUCAAUCCUUGGCGGCCAAAGGGAAUAAGACGCAGUUCGGCAUCUCCAUCUUCGCCAUGUAA